UGUAGGUGGUGGUGGGUGGGCCAGUGAGUAGAGAGCAAAAUCGUGUAUUAACGCCCAGAUCAACUGAGUUAUCAUGGGCCAUAACAGACGACGGAUAUCUAUUACAUCUUAUUGUUUCUUUCCAACACCCCCCUUUUUGUUGUUGUUUUAGUUUCUUCAUUUUAUUGGCCAUAUAGCCACUGGAGACUGUGUAUAGGCUCUCCUGUCGCCGCCGACCUCGAUUUGUGUGUCUCCACGACCGCAACAAACAUCUAAAAAAACCAAAGAAACGGAAGGAGAAAAUGUCAGCAAUCCAAUAUAGACCAAACAAUAAAAACAAAACAAAAACAAAAAACGGAAAAGAUUCUCUUUUAUUCCGGACGCACCUCCUCCAAAAGGUACUUUGCUUGCCGGGGCUGAACCAUCAGUACCUACUUGGCGACUUCUCGCCGUUGUAGGCUAUAUAAAGAGAGAGACUGACACUGUUCGAUUCACAAUCAUUUCUUCUCCGGCCAAAGAAACCGACAUUUCACUCCGACAAGUUCAUCUCUCAUCCGCACCGGAAAUCCUCCCUUUUUUUGACGGCAACUCGAAAAGCGGAUCCUAAUACAUUCAGCAUCAAACCAUCACAGCAGGACUUUUUGAAUAACGGAAAUAUUUCUAGAAUGGAUAUGGCCAAUCACCGCAUUUUGAUCUUGACGCUAUUGAUGAUCGGCCUGGCCAGCGCUCAGGUGAAUUUCUCGACCAGCUGGGGCAAGCGCUCACCUUCGACGAAAGCAGCGGAACCACCUUCAGCUCCAUCUUACCGCCAAAAUUUCCACUCGAAAAAGGUCGAGCCAGGGACGCUGGAAUCGCUCCCCAAUAAUCAGCAUCUUCCCGAAUCGUUCGACACCGUUUCCUCGACGAUUUACGACGACGCCGAAGAGCAACGAAUCAGCAUAUCUCUACCAAGUCCUUGCCUAUCAAUUCUGAAAUCUCUCUUGUUGGUCAAUCAAAUAGUUGAGACGGAAUUGCAGAAGAUGGAAAAAUACGACCGACAGCAGCAACAAUAACAGGCCAUCGUGACUUUGGACUUUGAUAUUUGGUAGUUAUUCCACAGAAAACCACAUAGAUAUCAUGAUGUUUGUUAUGUAAUCUAUGUUUAUGUAUUUGACUUAUUAUUAUUUGUUUUAGUCGGUGCGAAAUUUUCAUCCAUGUUACGAUACACGGCAACAUGUGUCAGCCCGGUUGGAAAAUUACAUUACCAUCCAAUUUAAA